UGAAAACUUCAGUUAUAGUUGGAGCGUAUAGCCAAACGGUACGUUUAAAAAGCGACGCUUGUCAAUUUUUUUUGUUAACCCUAUAACGUUUCUUCUUCUUCGUGUUACCACUAAAUGUUGUUGUGGUUGUUGUUUUUAUUAUUUUGUACAACAACAAAAUAAUUACGGACGGGUUUAAUUUCCAAUAUUUUUGUUAUUUUUUUUGUUUAAUUUUCAUUUAUUUGUUUGUUUAAUGCAACAACCAAAAUAAGUGUUGAAAACGAACGGGCGUGUAAAACGCGUUUUAGCAAAAAUAAAAAAAAAAUAUUGAAAAAAUUAUAAAAUUUAUCAAAAAUUGUAAUCAAAGUAAAAUAUAUAAGAAAAAUAAUCCAAAAAUAAUAAUAAAUAAAGAAAUACCUAGCUAUCUUACUAGUGUUUUGUCGUGUCUUAAAGCUUAAAGUAAAAUAAAUCGUGAUUUCCUCGUUUUUUUCCUUCCUUUUACUGCUUCUACACAUUACGACGACCGACCACUUUUCAUUCCGUGUUGUUUGUUCGCUUCCAAUACUGUCCUGUGUCAAGCAGCAGCAGCAAUUCGUUGUAAAAAUUCGUGUUGUUUUUGUUUUUCGUUUUACGUUUCUUUUAACUUGAUUCUUUUUUGUGUCUGUUAUUUUUUCCUGCAUCUCAAUUUUGUAAUUAUUCCAAUCACUCAGUUCGUGAAAAAAUAAGUGUUUAUAAGCUAAAAUACAAAAAAAAAUAUAUAAAAAUAAAAGUUAUUUAACAAAAUCUUAAAACAUAUUGUGCUGUCACUUCCCCUCACACAACCAACUUUGGCAACCCUUAAAUCUCUACCAUAAAAACACACAUCAACAAAUUUAUUUGUCAUAAAUUUUAUUGAAAAAAUAUAAAAUCCAAAACAAACGAUACAAAAUAAAUUAAAUAUAAGAAAUAAAACUUUUAUUUUAUAUUGGAAAGGAAAAUAACAAAAGCAAAAAACCAACAACGUUUAAAUUAAAAUCAAAUUUCAAUAAAAAAUAAAUUUAUUAUAUUUUGCAUGCAAAAAUAAAGUUGUGUUGUGUUGGAAAGAGCGAAAAAAAGUAAUAAAAUUUAAAUUAUAAUAAUCACGCAAAAAAUUUAAAUACAAAAAAAAAGUGAAAAUCAAAAAAAGCAAAAUUAAAAUAAAAUUUAAACAAACCAAAGUAAAAUUUGCAUAAUUCUGAAGAAGACUGAAGAGGUCGCAGCACACCAUAGUCUUUUUUCAGAUUUUUGUUUAAAAUCAAAAAAGCUGGAAAGCAGACGAACUACAUGGGAGACUCCUUUAUUAAAAAAAAUUAUAACUAAAAAGAUUUUACACUCACAACCAACAGAAUGACUGUCUAACCAUAUUUUAAUAACAACGAAAACAACCAAAUUCUAAAAAUCAAAAUUUUUGAAAACUUUCUCUUUUCUAAAUCAGCACGCAUGUUGUUAUUAACACCUACAGAUAAAACAAAAACUAUAAAAACUCUACAUAUGAACUGUAAUAAAUUUCCAACUACUACAAAAUCCUUAAAGUUCUAUUAACAUUUAAAAUUCCUCCUUCCCUCUUUCCCCCCAAAAAAACAACCGAGAAGAAAACAAAAUUUUGUACCCUUUACCUAAACAAACAAAAAAAAAAUACAAAAUUUUCCCACAUAAAAACCAGCAAAAUAUAAAAAUCCCACAAACAUCUAACUAGCUAUGAAUUUACAUCAUAAUCCAAAUAACGAUGAUGAAUGUGACAAUUCAAUAUCAUCACAAAACCAACGACAUUGUCAACAGCUACAGCAACAUGGCCAACAUGUUUGCAAUACACAACACAGGCAUAGCAACAGCAGCAGCAGUAGAUUUAGCCAAACUGGCCAGUUUUUACAAAAGAAAAUUAUAACAAUGUCAAAUGCAUCCACGACAGCCGAAGCAACAGCGGCAGCAACAACAAUUAAAUUAUUAACGAAUACCUGCCCCACAGUAGUAGAUGAACAGCAACAACGACAACAAAAUGGCCAACAGCAUCAACAUCAACAUGUUCAUUCACUGCAACAAAAGUGGCUGCAAAAACCACCACGGGGGCAGACGCUUGCAAGGAAGAAUGCACCAGUGAUAUGGAAUUUACUAAAUAAUAACAAAAUGUUCAAAUUACACAAUGUCUGUAAAUAUUUCCUAGUGAUGUUUGUCGUGAUAUUAACAAGUUUUCCAGCUGCCACCGUUAUGGCUUUGCCCAGUCUACAGGACACAAAUAAUACUACCACAACUCUAACUACUACUACAACUAAUACUAAUAAUGUAAUACAGCAAACUCAUGCAUAUAAAAAUGAUAAAAUUGCCACAAUUAGUCAAAGUGUAAAUAGUACUAGUAAUUACAAUAACAACAACGAUACCACAACAAAUUCGGCUGUUAAACUAAUAUUAAAUGAUUAUAAUGAUGCCUUUUUGCAAAUGUUGCCCAUGACUGAACAACAGGAGCAACAGCAGCAGCAGCAACAACAGCAAUAUCCAUCGUCUGCUAAAACUCAUUUAUUAGAAAUGGAGCCGGAUGUCACAGUGUUACAUGAUGAUCUCUUGGAAAGUUUUCGUGGCACUCACAGUUUGCCUCAUCAACCCAUGUAUACAAAUGAAUUUGCUGUUCAUAUACCGGCGGGCAAAGAAAUGGCUGACUUGAUUGCCGAUAAAUAUGGUUUUAUCAAUAUGGGUCAGAUUGGCUCUUUACAAGACUACUAUUUAUUCCACCACAAACGCAUCUCAAAACGUUCCCUAAGAACUAGUGAUGAACACCAUAGCGCCUUAAAUGCUGAGCCAGAAGUCAGAUGGUUAGAACAGCAACAUGAAAAAAUCCGCCAAAAACGUGAUGGCUCCUAUAGUAGCAUAGCCGGCUAUAGUCCUUAUGAUGUUGUACGUCCCUCAACUGGUUUUGGCAGCAGUAUGCCAACAUCACGUUUAUCAUAUCAUCCCACCUCUGUGUAUCGUCCGUUAGUACCGCGGGCACCACGCAUACAAUACCGUGAUGCCGGUCCACACAAUAUCUUUCCCGAUCCUUUGUUCAAGGAACAAUGGUACUUGAAUGGUGGCGCCAAAGAUGGUUUGGAUAUGAAUAUAGGACCUGCAUGGCAAAAAGGUUAUACCGGCAAGGGUGUAGUUGUUUCCAUACUGGACGAUGGCAUACAAACAAAUCAUCCUGACCUUGCUCAAAACUAUGAUCCAGAUGCAUCAUUUGACAUUAACGGCAAUGAUUCCGAUCCAACGCCACAGGAUAAUGGCGAUAACAAGCAUGGCACCAGAUGUGCUGGCGAAGUUGCAGCCGUAGCCUUCAAUAAUUAUUGUGGUGUAGGUGUAGCAUAUAAUGCUAGUAUUGGUGGUGUUCGCAUGUUGGAUGGCAAAGUUAAUGAUGUUGUUGAAGCUCAAGCUUUAAGUUUAAAUCCCUCACAUAUUGACAUUUACAGUGCUUCUUGGGGUCCUGAGGAUGAUGGCUCCACGGUUGAUGGUCCUGGACCUUUGGCCAGACGUGCUUUUAUUUAUGGCGUUACCAGUGGCCGUCAAGGCAAAGGUUCCAUUUUUGUUUGGGCUUCCGGUAAUGGUGGUCGUUAUACAGAUUCUUGCAAUUGUGAUGGUUAUACCAACUCCAUUUUCACCUUGUCCAUCUCGUCGGCCACACAAGGAGGCUUUAAACCCUGGUAUUUGGAAGAAUGCUCCUCUACCCUGGCUACCACCUACAGUUCUGGCACUCCUGGUCAUGACAAGAGCGUAGCAACUGUUGAUAUGGAUGGCCGUUUGAGACCCGAUCAUAUUUGCACAGCCGAACAUACUGGCACCUCAGCUUCGGCUCCUUUGGCCGCUGGUAUUUGUGCUUUGGCUUUGGAGGCAAAUCCCAAUCUAACCUGGCGUGAUAUGCAAUAUUUGGUGGUCUAUACCUCCAGACCUUCACCAUUGGAAAAGGAAUCCGGUUGGAUGUUGAAUGGUGUGAAACGUAAAUACAGUCACAAGUUUGGUUAUGGUUUAAUGGAUGCCGGUGCCAUGGUAUCGUUGGCCGAACAAUGGUCCACUGUGCCACCCCAGCAUAUUUGCAAAUCGCGUGAAAAUAAUGAAGAUCGUAAGAUAGAGGGUAGCUAUGGCUACACUUUGGCUACUCAUAUGGAUGUUAAUGGUUGUGCUGGCACUAUUAAUGAGGUGCGCUAUUUGGAGCAUGUUCAGUGCAGAAUCACCUUGAGAUUCUUCCCUCGUGGUAACUUACGCAUACUGUUAACCUCUCCCAUGGGCACUACCAGCACCUUGUUGUUUGAGAGACCCAGAGAUAUUGCUAAAUCCAACUUUGAUGACUGGCCUUUCUUGAGUGUCCACUUCUGGGGCGAAAAAGCUGAAGGCAGAUGGACUCUACAGAUUAUAAAUGGUGGCCGCAGACGUGUUAAUCAACCUGGUAUUUUAUCGAAAUGGCAAUUGAUCUUCUAUGGCACCGCCGUCCAACCCAUGCGUUUGAAAAGUGAUUUAGUUUCACAGCCUGUUUACACCUAUCCCACUGAAUCGGAUUUGGGUCAGCCUUUGAAUGCCGAUCAGUUUAGCAGUUUUUUGAAUUUCCAAAAUCUUUAUACCGGAGCCGGCUCUAAUCCAGAGCAGGCAGUUACCACCGUAGAUGGUCAUAAUAUUCCCACACCUCAAAGACAAAAUGUCAUGGCCGAUUCGAAUAAUAAGUUGGUAUUGCAUGACUGUGAUCCCGAAUGUGACUCGCAGGGUUGUUAUGGCCGUGGACCCACGCAGUGUGUGGCCUGUAAACAUUAUCGUUUGGAUAACACCUGUGUCAGCCGUUGCCCACCCAGAUCCUUCCCCAAUCAAGGCGGUGUCUGCUGGCCCUGCCAUGAAUCCUGUGAAACCUGUGCUGGUGCGGGACAAGAUAGUUGUUUAACUUGUGCUCCAGCUCACUUGCAUGUUACCGAUUUGGCUGUGUGUCUGCAAGUCUGCCCAGAAGGAUAUUAUGAAAAUUAUGAUAAUAAAACUUGUGUGCCAUGUGAAGCUAAUUGUGGCUCAUGUCAAGAUCGUCCCGAUUAUUGUACAUCAUGUGAACAUCAUUUAGUUAUGCAUGAGCAUAAAUGUUUCUCCUCAUGUCCUUUGCAUACCUACGAAACGGAAGAGUACAACUGCGCUUCGUGCCAUUCAUCUUGUGACACUUGCAACGGUUCGGCGGAAUCACAAUGCAUCACUUGUCGUUCCGGUCGUUAUGCCCUCGAUGGCAAAUGUUUAAAUAGAUGUCCAGACGGUUACUAUGCUGAUAAAAAACGCCAAGAAUGUGUAGCGUGUCCGACGGGCUGUGCCACAUGUACCACCAAUGGUUUUUGUCUAACAUGCCUGCAAAAUUGGACACGCAAUAAAAAAGGAAAAUGUAUUAUCACCGGCAGUGAAAAUUGCGAAGAAUCUGAAUACUACGAUAACAACCAUUGUCAUCCAUGUCAUAGCACUUGCGAGACAUGUGAUGGACCCACCGAAUCAAAUUGUUUAAGUUGUCCCCAAAGUCUGCUGUUGCAAAACAAUCACUGCGUAAGCUCGUGCGACGAUGGUUUCUAUAUGGAGGCUGGUGUUUGUGCUAAAUGUCUGCACACAUGUACCCAAUGUGUCUCACGUAUGAAUUGUACGGCCUGUGCCAAAGGAUUGCAACUACAAAGUGGCGAAUGUCGUACCACCUGUGCCGAUGGCUAUUAUAGCGACCGUGGCACUUGUGCCAAGUGUUAUCUCAGCUGUCAUACCUGCAGUGGUCCGCGUCGUGAUCAAUGCGUUCAAUGCCCCAGUGGUUGGCAGUUAGCUGGUGGUGAAUGUCAUCCUGAAUGUCCCGAAGGUUUUUAUAAGUCAGAGUUUGGUUGUCAAAAGUGUCAUCAUUAUUGCAAAACUUGUAAUGGUGCUGGUCCAUUAGCUUGUACAUCAUGUCCUGCACACUUUAUGUUGGAUGGUGGUCUCUGUAUGGAAUGUUUAGGUUCACAAUAUUAUGACUCACCCACACAAACCUGCAAAACAUGUCAUGAAUCGUGUCGUUCUUGCACAGGACCCGGCCAGUAUUCAUGUCAAACCUGUGCCUUUCCCCUGCAUUUGGAUCGUCUGAAUAAUCAGUGUGUACCCUGUUGUGCCAACGAUGCUUCGCCCGAGGAUCAGACAUGCUGUCACUGUGAUAAAGAUACAGGUGGUUGUAUAAAUGCUUCGCCUGCUGGCAAACGUCGCAUUGCUGCUGCUGCCGAACAGCAACAAUUUGGUAGUUCCUAUGGCAAUAGUGGCGGCCUUUAUGGGAAUUUACUAGAUGACACAGAUGGUUCGACAACAGGUGUUAGUGGUUUAUUCUCACGUGUCGGUUCACCGUUAACAACUAUAACAGCUAUUGCGGUUGCUGCCUGUCUACUUAUUGUUACCGUAUUUGCUGUCAUUUUUGCCGUCUUACAGCGCUCCACAAACCAUCCGGCCCGUAAAACCACCAAAUACAAUAAAAUACCCACCAAUGGACGUCGAAAAAAUCGUAUUACCUCCUCAAGUACUCUACUAAAAAUUGAUGCUGAAGCUAAUGUGGAAGAGGAGGAGGAAGAAGACGAAGAUGAAGAGGAAAUAGACUAUGAAAGACAAUUACAAAACCAACAACAGCAAGGUGAUACAGUAGAAGAAGACGACGACGAUGAAGAGGAGGAUUUAGAAUUAUACAAUUUGAAUAGAAAUUCCAAAAAAUUAGCACAGCCACUUAAAAAGGAAACGGAAAAACUGAAAACAUUUGUAAGAGUGCCACUCAAAAAAACGAUCAGUCAGGUGGAUCAAGAAACACAAAGGACAUAGAAUUUUCUCAAACACGAACUGAGUAAACACUAAAACAAGAAAAUAAACAAAAAAAAAUUAAAGGUUUAAAAAUUCAAAAACAAAGCCUUAUAAAAGAUUUAAAAAAAAACAUAAAAGAAAAAACACAUUUUUUUAAAAAGAAAAUAUUUGUAAAUGUAAAUUUUGUAUAAAGAAAAUUGUACCUUAUUAUAUAAAACACAAAACAAAAAAAAAAAUUAAAGUAAAACAGAAAAUAAAUUAAAACAAAAGUAUAGGAUUAAAACAGCUCUAAGCUUAAUUUAAACAAACAAAAGAUAAAAAAAUAACAGAUAUACUAGAUUUUGUUAAUAAAAAUUAUAUAAUUAUAAAUUCUUUUUUAAAACCCUGUAACUAAUAGACAAUUUUGUUUUGGUGUAAUAAAUAUCACAAGAAUUUUAUUUAAUUUUAAUAAUUAUUUCAUGUAACAAAAACCAUAUAUAUUUUGUGUGUAAAGUUUAUAUAUUUAUAGAAUUAACACUGUUUUUAGCCAAUUAUAACAUUUUCUAUUUUUUUUAUUUUAUUUUAAUAUUUUUUAUUUUUGAAAACAAAAAAACUAUUUUAUCAAUUUGAUUUUACCCUUUUACUUAUGAUUUGUUAUAAUUUAGUAAAGAAAAUAAAAAAAAUAAAAUGUAAUUUUAAUUUAUGUGUAUGUAUGUAUUUUUGUAAACUGAAACCCUUGAAGGGUCAUGUUUUUUUUUUUUUAUUAAAUAUUAUUUUAUUAUUAUAAUUAUUAUGUAGUAUAAUUUGUUUAUAUGUUAAUUAUUGAUAACAAUUUGAUUAAAUUAAACACAACAACAACAAAAAUUUAAAGCUAAAUAAAUAAUAAAUAAAUGAUUUUAAAAUUAUUGUAAUCAACAUAAAAA